AUGGCAUUUGUUAUAUUGAAUGGUAGCAUUUCAUCAUUUUCUAAACGCUUUUAUACAGUAGCGUUGAUCUCUUGCAUUCUUCUUUGCUUAUGUUCUUAUUGCUCAUCAGCACCAUUCGCUUCAUCGGUUAUCGAUGUUGAGCCAUUAUCUGAUGACGUCAAUGAUGUUUUCAAUUAUGAAGAUGGAAUGAAAUUUUAUAUACCCUUACAAUCAUUAUCAAAUCACUUAAUAAAUGAUCAUCAAAAGAAAAUGGCAGCAUCAAAAGCUCAUCUUUUUCGUGUUCUACUAAAAUCAUUAUUAACUGAAUCUGACCAUCGUCAUGCACAAUACAAUGACAAGCGUUAUGCAUCUCAAUCGUUUCAUGCAAUGCGUGGCUGA